AUCAACAUGGAGAUAGAACCUCAGGUCAAAGAAGAAGAGAAAACAGAAAUCGAGGUCCAGGCGCCCACCCACACCCUCACCAAGAAGCGACGGGUCAUAGUGGAGCCCCGUCUUAAGCCCGUUCUGUACAAAGCGCUGGAUCUCAAGGUAGGAAACUCAAUCUCCCGCACCCCAGCCGCCAUCAUAAACUCCAUGCAAUUCUUCACCAAUGAAGACAAUCCGCUCAACAGACGUGGAUAUAAGUACAAACCGUGCAAACCCAACCCCGAGCUUAAGCUGACGAUGUAUUCGACGACGGAUUUACCGCCGUAUUGUGUUCGUCCUAGCUACUUUGACAAGUCGAGUGGAAUUCUCUUGGACACUAACGUCACCAGCGUGUCGAACACGUCGGGAUGGCGAAGCAUACGAAGUAACGUGGGAGUUCGUGAAGGGAAAUGGUAUUUCGAGUUCAAGGUGCUAAGUGGUAACGAUGGUACUGGUCAUGUCAGGCUCGGGGUGGGCAGAAGAGAGGCUAGUUUGGAAGCCCCCAUCGGGUGUGAUGGGUACGGCUACGGAAUCCGUGAUGUCAAUGGACAGAAGGUGACUUUGAGUCGACCUAAGCCAUUUAUGGAUGAAGGGUUCAAAACUGGCGAUGUUAUGGGAGUUUUGAUUGAUCUUCCAAGCUUAGAAGACCACUACAAGAGCUUUGAGCAGGAGCUCAAGGCCGCCGAAAACAAGUUCAAUGUACACGGGAACAUUGUACGAGACCAAAUUCCUAUCAAAUAUAAAAGUUCGUUGUACUUUGAGCAGUUUGAGUUCACUCCAAUCGAGAAUAUGACCAAGCUACUUAAUCCCAUCAAGGUAAUUGGUGAGCGGCUUUCGUCGUUCGACGAAGAUAUCCAGCUUCCGAAGAUCCCGGGCUCCAGCUUGAAGGUGUACAAGAACGGGAAGUUGAUGGGCACGAUGUUUGAAGAGUUAUUUUCGUUCUUGCCGAUUCCGGGGAACCUAGCACAAAUCCAAAACCAAAGUUUUCGAGAUUGUGACGAUGGUACCUUGGGGUACUAUCCGAUGAUAUCUGUGUACAACCAGGCGGUGGUGGAGAUGAAUGCCGGGCCCGAGUUUGCAUUAAAAGAGCUUCCACAAGGUGUAAGGCCGUUGUGUGAACGGUAUGAUGAGCAUGUGGUGGAGCAGUGGUACUUUGAUCUUGUGGACGAGGUGGAAAGCCAGUACUUGGACGGACUUGAAGGGCAAUAGAGUAAAUAUUCAUUAGAUCGUAUACAUAAAUACCUGCUUCAGGUUCUGGCUACUUGCAACCCGAUGUAAGUCCACUGGGUGGGGUCCACAUCAUUACUUCGCUUAUAAAUAUCAAAACACUUGUAAUGAAAUUGUCUUGUCUCCACUUGCACACCCCUGGUGACAAUAUUAUCACAAGUAGCACACUUUGCAAGCUGGUACUUAUUCAAAUAGCUGCGCAAUUCCAUCAAGAGCCUCGCAGUCCCAACAAGAAAGUUUCUUUCAACUUCAAAAUAGCCAAGGUUGAUGAGCUUAGAAAUCAACCCUCGAAGCUCUUUGGAUGUCCUGGAAACGUGAUGCUUGAUGAGAAGUGAGUUCACCAAGCUGUCGACGUUGGCGUGGUAGUCGUUGACAAACACUUCGUCGAUGAUGAACUUGAUGAUUUCCAAGUCACUCACCUUGAAACGCGACAACGUCUUGUCGACUUGGGUGCUGAUGGAGCUGGAGUUUACAAACGCGUACACAAGCGUGUUGGACACCUCGUCGAGGCACCGAUCUAUUUUGAAACCCAGGAAACUGAUGGUGUGGUUGAGAUGGUGUACCACCUCGUCAAGCAGGGCGGGUGGAACGCCUAGCUCGUCACAGAUGACGCAGAGCUUUUGUUCGAGCUCAGACUGGUCGACGUACUUGGCGGCUCGGAUGUAGGUGAGAAGCACGCGUGUCACUGAUGGGUUGAUGGGAAGGGGAUCUAGUUGAGACAUGGUU